ACAUCUCUCCUUCAUAACAUUCGCUCAAAUCUUGUCUCACGAUACAUAUACAUAUGUCAUUUUGCUAUCAUGGCUUUGGCUGUACUUCCCUUCAACCUACCGUCAUCAAAACAUUUGUACCCACCUGGUUCUAGCCUUGUCAGCAUUUAAGAAUAGUAACAGAAUCAUAGUACGUUUGUACCCAGCAGCUGAACGAGCCUCGUCUUGGCUCCUUUGAUAAUCAAAGAAUUCAUUCCCUGCUUCGUAAAUCAUUCAAAAGUUUAUUCAUCAUAAUCAUACACUCCUCAUGUAGGAUUCAAACCAACUUCUACAAUUCAUGUUAAAGGAGAGAUGGUUUCGUUUUUGAGGAAAAAGUUCCGGAGGUAAGUUAUUUCUUUUCCCAUCUUGCAUCUUGCUUGACUAUCUUCCCCCCACCACCACCAGGGAGGGCAGGUGGGCUACUGAAUGAGAUCGAAACACGUCAAGAUCACCGUAGUUUUGGCGAUAUAAGUGAAUCACGAUGGAUCAAGAAAUCUGCUUGUUAGACCCAGUGUCUUGCAUUCAUUUGUGGUUCCAAUGUGUUGGAUGAGAAUUCAUUUGCUAAUACUAUCUGCUCUCAUAAUAGAAUAUCUACCAUGCCUCUCCUCACGCCCUCCGGAAAGCAAUUCUCUCUUCACAAACUUGUAGCCAUGUCUACAAUGCUCACCCCUGGCCAUGGAGUACAUCUUCCCCCUCUCAAUAAUACCACCGCAGGGGAUCCCCCACGGCCAGUCUAUCUUUCACAUGAGAUUCAAGAAUAUUUACGGAAGCUUUUCGAUGAAUUAAGAGGUCCGGAACCAUGCCUAGGAAGAGAACGAUUUGAGAAGUGGUUGGCAGAUGUUCAGGGACAUACAAUCACACUGGAAAAAGAUACAUACAAAUUCGAACAAUUUCUCGAGUCAGUGUACUACAGUCAUUCAUUAGAGGUUAUGAGACGUAUCCCGGAGUUAGAUCAGUCAAAACCAAUCACCAACUAUUACAUCAGUAGUAGUCAUAAUACAUAUCUUGAGGGGAAUCAGCUGCUAUCAAGGAGUUCUACAGAAGCAUACAAAACGGCAAGUUGGAUUUUGAUAUCAUGAAGAUUUUAUGCUAACUGCCAUCAGGCUCUCACACAAAAUUGUCGAUGUAUUGAAAUAGAUGUACACAAUGGAGAGGCGGCAGAGAAAGAUGAUAAAUCAAUAUUUUCGAAUAAAACCGAUCACAAACGGCAGCCUUCUGGGACUGGAAGCACACUUUCUAGUCGAGCAGCAGCAGCUAUAUUGACGGUGGAGGAGAAAUUAGAGAGUGCUAAAGGGAAGUUGGAGAUCGCUAAAGAGAAAUUAGAGGGUAAACAUAAAGUUUCAAAGACAAACACGGGUGAUAAACUUAAGGUUGUGGAUGAGGAUGAACAUGGUGGAAGGCCGGCCUCCAUACGAUCAUCGAUGAUUGGAGAACCCUUGGUUCUACAUGGUUGGACAUUGACAGCACCGGUGGGAUUUAGAGCUGUUUGCAAAGCAAUUCGGGAAACUGCCUUCACAACGAGCCCACUUCCUAUCAUCGUCAGUUUAGAAGUUCAUGCCGAUCAUGAACAACAGGAAAUAAUGGUUGAUAUCAUGAAGGAAGAAUGGGAAGGUCUCCUACUCGACUCUCCAUUCGAAACAUGUAAUCCGGAAGAAAGGGUUCCUAGACUUGAGGAGCUUCUUAAUAAAAUUUUGGUCAAGGUCAAGAAAGCUCCGGAGUUGAAAGAUGCACCAGAGCAUUUGAACGAACUCACGAAUGGAUCCACGAAUGGAUUAUCUCCCACAAACACGGAUACUCUAGAGAAGAAGGCGUCAUCCAACACAUUGGUACCAGUGAUCUCAACAAAAGAUGCAGAAUCUGGACAUUCAGGCUCUGAGGACGACCGAGCAAGUUCAAAGAAGAGAGCAAAGAUCUGCGAAACCCUUGGGAAACUUGGAAUCUAUACUCACAGCGAACAUUUUGUGUCGUUUGAUGUUGGAGCAGCCACAAAACCUUCCCACAUAUUUUCCGUCGGCGAGAAAGUGAUCUUGGAACUUCAUGAAUCAAAUCGAGAACAAAUGUUUGCUCAUAAUCGCAAUUAUUUCAUGAGAGCAUUUCCCGCUGGGAAAAGAUUCGAUUCAUCUAAUCUCGACCCUUCGGUCUGCUGGCGCAAAGGCAUUCAAAUGGUUGCCUUGAAUUGGCAGACUUUGGAUGAAGGUAUGAUGUUAAAUGAAGGGAUGUUUGCCGGAUCACAAGGGUGGAUAUUGAAACCCCCAGGCUACCGCAGCGAGGAUGCAACGUCCGAAUCUUGUGCAGCUAUUCCUUACAAGACCCUUGAUUUGAAAAUCAGCAUAUUCGUUGGGCAACAAGUUCCCUUUCCUCAAGGCGAGACUGAAAAAGGCUUUCAUCCAUACGUCAAAUGUGAGCUACACGUUGAAAGCCAAGAAGAGCUCGAUGGGCAACCAAUUGAAAAUGGAGGCAAAGCAAAAGAAGGUGAACACAAGCUCAAGACGGCUUACAAAUCGGGUAGCAAACCUGAUUAUGAAGGCGAAACUCUUCAUUUUGAAGGUAUCAGGAACGUGGUAGAGGAGUUGAGCUUUGUAAGGUUAGUACAUGUUACACUACUUUUCUUCAACAUUUUUCUUUAUUUAUAUGCUUCCGAAUGUUACACAAACAGGAAACUAGACAAGGUCUAGGUUUAUAUGAUUUAAUCAUUAUAUGUUGACAUAUCAUGUAUCUGCAAUUAUGUCAUACCGCUCAGAUUUUUGAAACUUCUACCCAAGUGCCUGGUACAUACAAAUUUCUCCUCGGGGCUUUCUUCAAUCAAUCUUCAAGCAGCUCAACGGCCCGGAACCGGCUGGGCAUGGCUCCAAAGUUCUAUGCAGAUCAAUUUAGGGGUGCAGUAGUAUAAAAGUCUUACCGACGCUUGGCUGCUCGGGUGUGGUUCCCCAACAUUCAUCUUAUCGAAUCAUUCAAAUAAUUUUCAGCCCUUCCCAUGCGAUGAGUUCGCUCCUAGUUUCAAUUCAUGUAGUACAUGGCUUUUUUCGACUACCACAAUCCUAUUAUUUGCCUGUUUGGUGCUCAUCAUUUCCGUUUUGUUGAAGUGGUUUCCUUACCAUGCAUGCGUUCCUUAUCAUUCCAUUACUUUCUUUCCAUGUCUACUUCAUAUAUGAUGUAUAUGCAAUGUUACCUUAAUAAUUUCUUUCUCCUAUUUCAUUGAUCAAAUCAAAUCAAUCAGUCUAUCUCCAAUUUAAGCUCAUACCGUAACAUGUCAUUUUACUAACUCCUCUUACACCUACAGAUUCAAAAUUGAAGAUGCCAAUUAUUCAAAAGAUGAGUUAGCAGCAUGGGCUUGCAUCCGACUCGAUCGUCUUCAACAGGGAUAUCGAUUAAUUCCUUUGAAAGACGUCAAGGGCAAUUCGACAGAUGGUUUAUUAUUGGUGAAGAUUGAGAAAGUCUUGUCUUGAUUUUAAGAUGACAAGUUUUAAUGUAAUGUAUGAUGUAUGUUUUGUGAAGCUAUAGAAGCUUGGCAUUGGUUUGUAUGAAUAGGUUCAUUUCAUGUUUGGUCCGAUCGCUUUUGAUCGACAGAUAUUGAGAUAUGCGAAGAGUUUAAUUGGGUUGUAUUGGGCUGUGUUGCGUUGCGUACUUCUUUGAGCGUGAGCGGGACGGGGGAAGAUUAGUGAGGCGCAGAAAGGGUGGAAAGAGAUGGAGAGGAUGAAGGAAAUUAAAGUAAGGGAUCGGUCGAUGAAAAGUUGUGUGAAUGUGGGAAAGGACGAACGAACGGGAAGAUAGUAUGGAAAGAGAAGAUACCCCAUUAGGAUUUCAUAUUGUUGGUCAUGUCAUUUCUGGUUUAAUUUUCCAAUUUGGUUUGCUUGGAGCGCAGGUGCUUGGCGUUCUUGAGUUCUUGGGAGUUCUUGGAGGUUGAAGAAUGGAAUUGGGAGUGGAUUGGUAAUGGUAAUGGAGUUGGAGUUGGAAUUGGAGUUGGAGAGUAAUUAUAUAUGGAUGGUCUGAUGGUGGAUGAAUGGAUUACUUGGAUCUAUACCUAGUAGAUAGUGCUAUGUAGAUGGGAUAGACUGUGUUAGAAAGUAUUGAAUAGAUAAGUCUAGUACCCUACUUUUGAGA